ACAUAAUAAGUCAUUGUUUUUUAAUUCGUAUUGGAGCGUUGGUGAUUAGCGACGUGCGAAUAUGCUGAGAUCGAGGGUCUUGGGCCUUCGGAGGGUCGUAACUGCGGUUCCACAAGUUACUAUACCACGUUUGACUCCCGUCAGGACUUACAGACUGCGCCAGGUAUGCGACGCGCACAUGAACGAGUUACCGAUACCGUGCGGGCCGUGGAAGCCCUGGUACGACGCCAAGCAAAACUUCUACAACAAAAUCUUCGUAGGCGGAAUCCUGUGGUUUCUGAUCUCGUUCGCGGUGAUGAUUCUGACUGACAGCAUUUACUUGAACUGGGGCCCGCCCCCGAACCCCGGCCCUCCCAGCGACAUGACCCAGGACUGCGAAGAUGAAGAGUAAAUUAUACCUUGUGACUUUGACAAUAAAGUUUCUUUCUCUUUGGCGAUAAAGGUUUUUCACUGCU